AUGGUGCAUUCCACAUCAUCUAUCCUUCUGCUUGGUGCUGCAUUGUUGUCGACCACCUACGCGAUCGGUCCUGACUGUGUCAAUGGCCCGUUGAAGGACAACAAGAUUUGCGAUGUCAAUGCCACGCCAACCGAGAGGGCAGCAGCUCUUGUCGCGGCGAUGGAAACCGAAGAGAAGCUCGAUAAUCUGAUGAGUAAAUCCAAGGGUGCCGCUCGACUCGGCCUUCCAGCUUACAAUUGGUGGGGAGAAGCAUUGCACGGUGUAGCUGGAGCCCCAGGAAUCAACUUCACCAAACCGUUCACGAAUGCUACCUCUUUCCCCAUGCCUUUGCUCAUGUCAGCCGCCUUUGACGAUGACCUCAUCUACCAGAUCGCCAACAUCAUUGGAAACGAGGCGCGUGCAUUCGGUAAUGGCGGUGUAGCCCCGGUAGACUUCUGGACUCCCGACAUCAACCCAUUCCGCGAUCCUCGCUGGGGUCGGGGCUCAGAAACGCCAGGAGAAGACAUACUCCGAAUCAAGGGCUACACGAAGAGCCUACUCGCAGGACUAGAGGGUAACCAAGCUCAACGGAAGAUCAUUGCGACGUGCAAGCACUAUGUUGGCUACGACAUGGAGGCCUGGGGAGGCACCGACCGCCAUCAUUUCGACGCCAAGAUUUCGAUGCAAGAUCUGGCAGAGUACUACAUGCCGCCAUUCCAGCAAUGCGCACGAGACUCGAAAGUCGGAUCCUUCAUGUGUUCCUACAACGCGGUCAAUGGUGUCCCCACUUGUGCCGAUACAUAUGUUCUCCAGACCAUCUUGCGCGAUCACUGGAAUUGGACGGAUAGUAACAAUUACAUCACCAGUGAUUGUGAGGCAGUCGCCGAUAUCUCUGAGAACCACAAUUACACCAACACGCUAGCCGAAGGCACAGCGGUGGCGUUCAACGCUGGCAUGGACAACAGCUGCGAGUACUCAGGAUCUUCUGAUAUUCCUGGAGCUUGGAGCCAAGGACUUAUGAAUAUCUCCACUGUAGACAGGGCUCUUAUACGUCAAUAUGAAGGGCUAGUCCGCGCCGGGUACUUUGAUGGCGCUGGAGCUGUGUAUGCAAACUUGGGCAUUAAAGAUGUUAACACGCCGGAGGCACAGCGACUUUCUCUGCAAAUCGCAUCAGAAGGUCUAGUCAUGCUCAAGAACGAUGAUACGCUUCCACUGCCACUCUCCAAUGGGACCAACGUCGCCAUGAUCGGGUUCUGGGCUAACGACUCUUCAAAGCUGUCUGGUAUCUAUAGCGGCCCUGCUCCCUACCUGCGUACGCCGGUUUAUGCUGGUACGCAACUUGGUUUGAACAUGUCAAUCGCUACAGGUCCUAUCUUGCAGAACUCAAGUGCUCGAGACAACUGGACGACGAAUGCGCUCAAUGCAGCGCAGGGGUCCGACUACAUUAUUUACUUCGGCGGCUUGGAUACUUCAGCAGCAGCAGAGGGUUUCGAUCGUACCGACAUCAGCUGGCCUAGCGCACAAGUCGAACUGAUUACCAAGUUGGCUCAGCUCGGCAAGCCCCUUGUUGUCGUUGUGCUGGGCGACAUGGUCGACAACUCACCUCUUCUGUCCAUGGAAGGUGUCAACUCGGUUAUUUGGGCGAACUGGCCCGGUCAAGACGGUGGAUCAGCGGUCAUGCAAGUCAUUUCUGGCGCGCAUGCAGUCGCCGGCCGUCUACCAAUCACGCAGUAUCCCGCAAGCUACACGAACCUCUCCAUGUUGGAUAUGAAUCUGCGCCCUGAUGCCAUCAGCCCUGGUCGUACUUAUCGCUGGUACAACCAAUCCGUACAGCCAUUUGGUUUUGGCUUACACUACACCACAUUUGCAGCCAACUUCAGCAGUGGCGAAAGCCUGACCUACAACAUCCAGGACAUGAUGAGCAAUUGCACGCAAAAGUACUCUGAUCUAUGCGAUGUUCCUCCACUAGAGGUUGCUGUGACGAACAAGGGUAACCGCACAUCUGAUUUCGUCGCCCUAGCAUUCGUCAAGGGCGAGGCUGGACCAAAGCCCUACCCACUCAAGACUCUGGUUUCCUACGCGCGACUGAGAGAUAUUUCCGGCGGCCAAACAAAGAUGGCAUCGCUUUCCCUCACGCUCGGCACGCUGGCGCGGGUCGACCAGAUGGGUAACACCGUCUUGUAUCCGGGAGAGUACACGCUGCUACUUGAUGAGCCUACGCAGGCGGAAAUCAAGCUUAAGAUUACAGGCGAGGAAACGGUGUUGGAUAAGUGGCCACAGCCGCCAGUAGCUACGUAG